AUGGACUUCACUCCACUUGGCGCCCGCGUCACGGCUUUCUUGCUACAGUUCAAGGCCGAGUGGAACCCACGUGCACUGUUCAACACUCUCAUGACAUUGAGUCUUCCACUUCUGGCCUACGAGGCUCUCAUGGUCUCCGAUAUGGCUUUUGAUGAGAUGUGCAAUUCAUCAUUGGCAUUUGGAGCAUCCGCUCUGUCUACUCUUGUAUUUGUGGUCUGCUCAUGUCCUCAGGUCACUCAAGAUUUCACAAUCCCUACACUGGUGUUUAUGGCUCUCGCAAGUCCUACCUUCGCUUGUGUUGCCUUCAGUGUCCCAACCAUGGCUUCUUACGAUGUCAAGAUCCCCACGUUUGAAUAUGCGGCUCUUGUAUCGCCAGUUACUUGGGGCUUCCUGCUUUUGCUGAUCUUCAGAUACUUAAGGUUGAUCGUGCAUAUGACCUCCUUCUUUUGCUACCGAGCAAGCCCGGUUGUGAAUGAACCUACUUUCACCGCCAACGAUGUGACGGUCAUCAUUCCAACCGUAGACCCGAACGAAGAUGGGUUCCUUGCGUGUUUACAGUCUAUUCUUUUGAAUCAUCCUCAUGAGGUCAAAAUUGUCACCGUCGGCGACGCAAAUCUACAAUUGGCAGAAGACAAAAUUAGACACUUUCGGACUGGAUUUCCCGACGUCAAAAUCACUGUCUCCGCAAUCUCGAACCCAGGCAACAAGCGCAAGCAACUUGCCAGCGUUUUGCCAACUAUUCAAACCGCCAUCACCAUCUCCGCAGACGCUUCCGUCUACUGGUCUACCAACCAGUUCAUCCCUGCAGUAAUUGCCCCCUUGGAGGAUCCUAAGGUUGGCGCAGUCGCUCCACACAAGCGAGUACAUCGGCUUAAUGUGGGCUUUGGCUGGAAAUCGUUCUGGAACUUUCUUGGAUGUCUAUAUCUUCAACGCCACAACUGGGAGCUCCGAACGUCGAACGCAGUUGACGGAGGCCUGUUUGUCAUCUCUGGUCGCACCGCUGUAUUCCGCACUGAAAUUCUUCAAGAUCCCGAGUUUCUGUACGAGUAUCUGAAUGAGAAAAUGUUCUUUGGGCUCAUUUCGAUCCCCAACGUUGACGAUGACAACUUCAUCACUCGUUGGCUCGUCACUAAAGGCUGGAAGUUGAAGUUCCAACAAGCACCAAAUUCCACAAUGGAGAUUCUUGCACUAGCAGUUUACAAGAGUCAACCGUGGUCCGUUUAUUCUGUCUAUAUCACAGGAUUGACCAAUUUUGCUCUAUUUUGGGACCCACUCAUGCUCUGGACGCUCUCCAAAACCUCUUUCUACUACAAGGAGACUGUCGUUAUCUUAGUUGUCUGGAUCCUCACGAGAUACUAUGUCUUCGCCUAUGCUCACAGCUUGAUUAAACUGUAUACGGUUUUGACAUUCUGGAAGACUAGCUGGGGCGGUCGCAAUCUCGACGCCGACAAAGCAUGGUUAUCCUUCUUGAACAACCCACCACGCAUCUUUUCACGCCUUUGGAUCGCCAUCACCGGCAAGGGCACCGCCGGAUGCAACUGCACUCAAAGGCACGACAAUGAUAACAGCCCGAAUCCUUCUCCCGACAACAACCUCAGCGACCUUGAACGGUGGUGGGCCAGGACCAUGGAACUUGCCGCGGAGGACGAACGCAAGGAAGCACGAAAGGAGAAGCGCAACAACUUCCGCCGUCGAGGUCAUGGUUCACGCAAGCAAACCACCCUAGGAAAAGAUCUCGUGUUCACUGAGGCGGCGCGACCUCCACCACCACCAAUACCAGAAGCUCCAUAUCCAGACCACGAUAUCACCCUUCCCACCAGACAGUAUUCUUGA